CGGGUUUUUCGGAUCGGGUUCGGGUGCCACUUCGGAUUUCGGGUAAAAUGCCCACCCCUAGAAGGGACAAUGAUUUUGGUUGCUUAUCGGUUAUAAAACUCAAGAGGUUUGUUUGGUUCAAUCAAAUCCAAACUGGUCCUUCUGUUUUGAUAACCAAACCAGAAGGCAUUGUUCUAUUUCUACCCAAACAAAUUAAAUCAGAGCUUUAAACUGGCUAGAGGUGAACAAAAUCGAAUUUAUCUACCCAUGCAUUUGCAUGAUCAUAAGAUAUCUAAUAUUAAACAUAUUUGGGGGGUCAAGUAAGUACAAAUUAUAAUAGAAUAUGGAACAAAAUAUAUUCAUAAAUGUUUGUAUAAUGAAACAAAUUCUUUCCUCAAUAAUGUAGCAAGUAGAGUCCAUAUAUAAAAUGAUGAUUGAAUACCAACUAAGCAAAUAUAUUUAUAAACAUGCAUCCAAGCACGUAGAUAUUGCAAUCUCUUUGAUUAUUUAAUACUGAUUAAAGACAACCUCAACUGCUUCAACUCUAUUACAAUCUAUCAUCUCUUGUCUUCACAUGUUUCCCAUAACUUUUUCUCUUCUUUCUCCAUCCUCAAAGAUUCCACUAAUCCAUUUUUCAUUCUUGUCUAAUCCAUUAUGACUGUGAAGAAAGUUGAGAUCAAGGUGGAUAUAAACUGUGGGAAAUGCAAUAGCGCAAUCUUGGAAGCAGUCACAGUGAUUGAAGGUGUGAAUCAUAUAUCAUUAGAUGAGGAGAAAAACAUACUUACCGUAGUGGGAACAAUGGAUCCGGUCUGCGUUGCUUCACGACUCAAGAAAAUUAAACAGAAGCCUGUGAUCAUCAGCGUUGGACCACCACCAAAACCUCCAGAACCGCCAAAGCCUCCAGAGCCACCAAAGCCUCCAGCAGAGCCUGAGCCACCAAAGCCUCCUUCACCACCACCACCACCUGAAAAACCAAAGCCUGUAUGCAACUGCAAGCCUAUGUAUUCUAAUCCUUACUGCGCAAGUUGUGAUGUUGUGUCUGUUACUACCUAUGAAAGUGGAAGCGGCUGCACCAUUGUUUGAGUCUUGUAUAUCUUACCUUAAUUGCUGCUACUUUUUAUCAUAACCUUCAUGUCAAGUCCCGAACCUUAUAUUAGUAAUACUUUUUUUUUAUAAUGCUAUGUUUUUUUAUAAGAUAUGUAUCUUUAUUGUUGUUUCUCUUUCACUUGUUUUAAUUAGUAGCUCCUUUGAUGCAUAGUCUCAUAAACUCCAAAUCUCAUUGGAGAAAUGUAUGAUUGAUUGUGCUGCUCUGGAAAUCCAUAAUAAAACCCAAAACAAAGUUUUACCCAUAAGAGUUUAAAUGCAAUCAUAGAGAAAUGAUUCCUCUUUUUUUUUUUCCAUUGCAAGUAGUUGAUAGAUAUAUAAUAUUGGUAUUGUCAAUAUUAGUCCCACAAAAAAUUUCACAAAUUUCCAACAAAUGCAGAUAAUGGAUAAGAAUAACAAUA